UAAGCUAUACAAGGGGGUUACUCUGCCGACAAAGCAAGUCACUAGUUCAUAAAAAUCAAGGGUAAAAUGGCGGCAGGAAUGGUGCCAUAGACACCAUUUUAAGUUAUAGGGGAAUCUCAUAUUUCGACUGGUGUUUUCUCUAGAUUAUGUCCCCGUGAGUGGCUAGCUCGUUAGUUGUGUAAUUUUGCGAACCAUAGAGGUUCGUACGAUGUAACGUUGGAUUCUUGGUUAUAUAUCGUAUUUUUCUACUCCUCCUUAAUUUCGUGUAAAUGCAAACUUUUAUUUUCAUAUCGUUACAAAUUAAAGAUUUGUUAUAUGCCCCCUCACGUGCCCCUACGGAGCAAACCCAUCAGGGUCCGGUUAGGGUGGACGGGGCUGUUUGCAUGUGGGAUGGGGCUGUCCGGAGUGGUUCGCACUCUGCUGGUGGUUUGGUUAUUCUGACCCUGGAUCGAGAUGUUUUAAUGGCUAAGGGCGUGCAGUUUCCGUGGUUUGAUGACCCCCUGGUUGUGGAAUUGGUGACUCUUCGUGACGCUGUUCUGUGGUGUUAGUCGCUCGGCUUCGCGGAUAUUAACUUUGAGGGGGAUGCGAAAGUGAUCAUUGAUAAAAUCAACCAAGCGGAUGCUAGAGAUAGCCGGUUAGGAGCUGUUCUGGAGGAACUCAUUCAGAUUUUUGCCAGUAAUCCUGGGCUUAGUGUUAGAUUUGUAGGUCGGCGUAGCAAUAGGGUAGCCCAUUUUGUGGCUAGAAAAGCCCUCUCUCUGUACUCGAAUAUGAGUCGUUUUUUUUUUAUUUCCGGACCUGGCUGAAUUUCAGGAUAUAGCUAUCUUUUUGUUUCAUCAAUACAAGAUUAUCAUUUUGUCAAGAAAAAAAAAAUAAAAAAGAUUUGUUAUAUGCAAAGGUUUGUGACUUGUGUGUAAAUCUUAAAAGUUAAAACCCAUUGCCCACACCCGCUCGUACCCCUACAAAGCAAAGUAAACCAAGCCGUUUUCGUUUGGCCUUCCGUUUACAACCCACGGCAGAACAACCACAGAAGGCGCCGUGCCGCCGUCCCGUCUAUUGGAACUUGAGAUAUCGGUGCGGCAAGCAAUGGCUUCCUUAUCAACGGCGGACGACCCAUCAUCAUCCCCUACCAUAUUCAUACCCGGCGAGUGGGAGGCGGCCGCAGACACCAUUGCAGACAACUCCAACACCAGUCCGCUUCCUAUUGCCUUAAUUUGUGGCGCCAAAAACUGCGGCAAAACUACCUUCUCGCGCUACCUCCUCAACGUUCUUCUCCGCAGAUAUAAAAAAGUGGGAUACUUGGAUACCGAUGUCGGGCAGCCUGAGUUUACUACUCCUGGUUUCUUAUCCUUGACAGUGGUUGACAAAUUAACUGAAGAUUUGACAAUUCCCUGCUUAAAGACACCUGAGAGAUGCUUUUUCUUUGGUGAUACUUCUUCCAAACGGGAUCCUACAUCUUACCUGAAGUAUAUAUCUGCACUUUGUGACUACUACCGCAAGGAGUACUGCUCUGGCACUGAGAGUUCCUUAAAGAGAGGGUUUCCUCUUGUGGUUAACACCCCGGGUUGGGUUAAGGGUGCUGGUUAUGAUAUACUGGUGGAUAUGUUGAAAUAUAUUGCUCCCAGUCAUGUGGUCAAGAUAGAUAUAUCUUCGACAAAAAAGAAUCUACCAGCUGGGAAAUUUUGGUUAGAUGAUGCUGCAGACCAGGAGGUUGAUCUCAUUGAGAUCUGUUCAGCUCAUCAAAAUUCUUUCAAUAGACCGGCGCUAGUGAAAAAGGAUGCAUAUCUUUUGCGGGACUUGAGAAUGAUGGCUUAUUUCAGACAGUGCUUUCCUAGCACCUUGAGUGUUACCACAAUCAAGGAACUUGCAAAUGCCCUUGCUUCUCACCCUCCUUACCAAGUUCCUAUAUCAACUAUCAAGAUAAAGCAUCUGUAUUGCCAGGUACCUCAAGCAGAAGUCUUCUACAGUUUGAAUGCCACUAUUGUCGGUUUGGCAAAUAGUUCUGAUAAAGCAGGAACUCUACCAUGGUGUCUCGGUCUUGGUAUAGUAAGAGGAAUCGAUACAUCGAAAGGUUUGCUUUACAUCAUCACCCCUGUUCCCCAAACCACCCUGGAAAAGGUUGAUCUUCUCCUACAGGGAUUCAUCGAGAUACCUACUUGUUUGUUGAAGGUUCAAGGAUGUAUGUCACCUUACAUGUCUGCUAAUGUGUCGCCAGCAAGCUAACACUCGUGGUAGAAAGUACAAAGUCUCGACUGACAGUGCAUGCCGCAUACCCUUACUAACUGAAAUGGAAACUUAGGGUGAGGAACUCAGUGAUUUUUCUAGACCCACUUCCUGUUCAUUUAUGUAGUAGUGUCUUUAUCUUUGGGAAGAACUUGUGAUUGUAGUUAUUCCAAGUUACUGAUGUUGGUUUGAUGGCGGCCAAUGUUUUAAGAUGAUGAAUGAGGUUUCGUGUUUGAUUUUCCAUGCAAUUCUCUCUAUCUAUCCUUAUCGUUGAGAAAUGGAAACAUCGAGACUCUAUUUUCAGAGCUCUAUUUCAGGUGGGAAAAUAGGGAAGAAAUAACCCACCUUCAUCAUCAUAGUCCUCUUCUCCUCCUCUUCCAAUAGAAAGCUUGUUUGUUG